AUGAUCAUUGAGGAGGAGGAUGAGGAGGAUGUGAGCAGUGGCAGCAACAGUAAUAAUGAUGGUAGUCACAAUUCAAGCUUCACUACAACCAAUACUAGCAGCCGAUACCUCGGCCAGGACGAUCCAAACCUCUCCCGAUCAUUUGGCAAUCUGAGACUGCGACGACGCAACUCGACAAACGUGUCGCCUCUGACUGGCAGCGGAUCAUCACCUUAUAUAAACACCUCAUCCUCAGCUGUUGUACCGCCACUCCUAAACAGUCCCCGGACAUCAGCCUCACGCAAACACAUCCUACACAACGCACUCGACAAUGAUUCAUUCUUCCAGCACCAAGACACCAUCACUGGUAUUGGUGCUCCGAUUCAAGAGCCACAGGAUACAUCCAUCCAGCUCUUCACCUUCUCAAACGUCACUCAGCUUGGACAUAAGUUGUAG